AUGGCCGACUCAAACUUCAAACCGGGAUACGAGACGUGCGACGAAGUAACUCUCCAAUGUCCAGUCGAAGCUACUCUGUAUGGUGACUACUUUACCAAGGGUCCCAUAAUCUUCUUCGCUGUGGCAUUCGGCUUGCUCUUACUUUACCAGAUCUGGUUCACCUUCAAGUCUCGGGCCUGGGGGUUUUCUAUAUGGCUCAUUCUUGGAACCGUCUUCGAGAUGGUGGGUUACUCCUCUCGGAUGGAGAUGGUCGACAAUCCUUGGAAGAAGGAUCCAUUCCAGAAGCAACUGCUGCUGCUCAUCUUAGCGCCGACCCUAAUCGCUGCUUCCAUCGCCGUUGCCUUCAAACACCUUGUGCUCUACUACGGCCCGGAUUUGUCCGUCUUAAGACCACGGUGGUACCCUUUCGUGUUCGUAGGGACAGAUAUAAUCGCCAUUAUUAUACAGGGCGCUGGUGCCGUGAUGGCUGGGCAAGGCGGCGACAAAAUGGAUCUAAGCACAGGCCUUCUUGUUGGAGGUGUGAGCUUUCAGCUCGUGAAUAUGCUAGGAUGCGGCAUACUCAUGGUCAUCUUCUGGAAGCGCUACCAGCGUUUGAAACAUGACGGUACAAAGACUGAACGCAGAGAUGUGCUUGUCCAAGAUGGUCAAGUGGAUAGCACUGAAUAUCGAAACCUUCGCUGGUUUGUGUGGGCGAUUUUUGCCGCAUACAUCCUGAUCAUAAUUCGCUGCAUCUAUCGGGUUCCGGAGAUGGCCUUGGGAUGGGGCAGUUCUUUGAUGCAGAAUGAGGCCUUAUUCUACAUCCUGGACGGCGCCAUGAUUCUUCUCGCUGUCACGAUAAUUUGCGCAUUUCAUCCAGCUCGAUUCUUUCCCCGAUUGGGUAGAGCCAAGGACAUGGCGGCCCCGACUCCUGCGCAAAUCAGAAGUCAUGUCGAAAGAGGCGAGUACCAGGGCAGUCAGAUUGCACUACGGCAGGUUGUGACGACCGUGUAG